CUUUAAAUUUUAAUUCAUAUUUCUUCUAACUACCUGAAUAAUUCUUCUGUUUGGCAAGUAUUUAAUAAUAUAAUUUUUGUGUCUUUACCCCUAUUACACUUUUAAAUGUUCGAUAUGUAAAGUGUGCUUCUUAAGAGCAACCUUAUGCUAUCGAAUUCUACAAUGUCAAAUUCCGAAGCUUACCAACUAACAUAAAGGACGGCGUUAGCUCAACCGAGGGGUUCCGAUACGGAAGCUGUAAACGGCGGGGCAGUAGGAACUAGCUAUGGUGGGGUUGAGCACAUCAUCGCUGCUAUUCGGCACCUUACACCACUUACACUGAGUCUACUUCAUAGAGCUCGCACCUUUUUCUAUUCCCCUUGACGUUUGACAUUUCUACUUGAGAUUGACUACCUUAUGCCCAUCCUGCGAACAGGUUUCUCCACGCUUCGGCAUCUAGGACACUUCGCACUCUCGUCUUCUCCAAGAGCAACUCUCUUACGACCCCUUCAUAACCACCACCACAUAAGCCUCGUCAGGAGAAGCGCCAUGUCCUCAGCUGUAGCAAAGCGCCUUGAGGGCAAGACCAUCGUGAUUACUGGUGCGUCGUCGGGCAUUGGGCGUAGUACUGCGCUCGAGUUUGCGCGGACCUCGCCUAAGGACCUGAAGCUCGUCGUCACGGCGCGUCGCAUUGAGAAUUUGCGUCAGCUCGCCGACGACAUCGCAAAAGAGGUCGGCUCUGGCGUCCGCGUCCUGCCCGUCAAGCUCGAUGUGAGCAACGCCGAUGAGGUCCGCGGCUUUGUUGCCGGCCUGCCGGAGGAAUUUCGCGAUAUCGACGUACUAGUGAAUAAUGCCGGCCUCGUCAAAGGUGUAGCACGCGCCCCUGAGAUCGCCGAGGAAGACAUUAAUAUCAUGUUCGCGACCAACGUCACGGGCCUGAUCAACCUGACUCAAGCUGUACUACCCAUCUUCCUUAAGCGACCCGACGGUGGCCAUGGAGAUAUUAUCAAUGUUGGCAGCAUCGCCGGCCGUGAGCCCUACCCGGGCGGCGGUAUUUACUGCGCGACCAAGGCUGCCGUUCGCAGCUUCACCGAUUCCUUGCGCAAGGAGCUUGUCGCCUCGCGCGUCCGUGUCAUUGAGGUCGAUCCCGGCCAAGUCGAGACGGAAUUCUCUCUUGUUCGAUACUACGGCGACAAGAGCAAGGCUGAUGCUGUCUAUGCCGGAGGCGAACCUCUAACACCUGAUGAUAUUGCCGAGGUUAUCGUAUUUGCUGCUGGCAGGAGGGAAAAUGUCAUAGUAGCGGACACCCUUAUAUUCCCUAACCACCAAGCCAGUCCUUUUGUAAUUCACAAGAAAUCAUAGAC